UUAAUCUCCUCCCUGCUACUGAACACAGAGUUUAGUUCUGCUGCUGCUCUUCCUGGCUCUCCUGUUUCAGAUGUCUAGCAGCUUUGGGAGCGGUGUGAUCACCUUGCUCAUGACACAAACUGCUGCAGAUCAGUGAGUAACAAACUGGUAUUUGGCUUGUUUUUGGACAUAUCUACAAGACGAAUAGAAAUUUGAGAAGUUGAGAAGUGAAAGGGCAAAGAGAGGAAGUCAGAUGGAUUCACAAAAAUUUUCCUGUUCCAUCUGUUUGGAUCUACUCAAGGAUCCGGUGACUAUUCCCUGUGGACACAGCUACUGUAUGAGCUGCAUUAAAGGCUUCUGGGAUGGAGAGGAUCAGAGGAGAAUCCCUAGCUGCCCUCAGUGCAGGAAAGAGUUCAUACCGAGGCCUGUUCUGGAGAUAGAUAUGAUGUUAUCAGAGUUGGUGGAGGAUCUCAAGAAGACUGGACUCCAAGCUACUCCAGAUGAUCACUGCAAUGCUCGACCUGAAGAUGUGGCCUGUGAUGUCUGCAAGGAGAGGAAGAUGAAGGCUGCCAAGUCGUGUCUGGUCUGUUUAAUUUCUUAUUGUCAGAAUCACCUCCAACCUCACCAUGAUGUCCCUGGUCUGAAGAAGCACAAGCUGGUCAACCCCUCCAAGAACCUCCAUGAGAACAUCUGCUCUCGUCAUGAUGAGGUGAUGAAGAUCUUCUGUCGUACUGAUCAGCAGUGUAUCUGUUAUCUCUGCUUAAUGGAUGAACAUAAAGACCACAAAACAGUUCCAGCUGUAGCAGAAAGGGCUGAGAAGCAGAAGGAGGUCCAGGUGAGACGACAACAAAUCCAGCAGAGGAUCCAGGACCAAGAGAAAGAUGUGAAGCUGCUUCAACAGGAGGUGGAGGCUAUCAAUGUCUCUGCUGAUAAAGCAGUGGAAGACAGUGAGAAGAUCUUCACUGAGAUGAUCCGUCUGAUCCAGAAAAGAAGCUCUGAUGUGACGCAGCAGAUCAGAUCCCAGCAGGAAACUGAAGUGAGUCGAGUCAAAGAGCUUCAGGAGAAGCUGGAGCAGGAGAUCACUGAGCUGAAGAGGAAAGAUGCUGAGCUGGAGCAGCUCUCAGACACAGAGGAUCACAACCAGUUUCUCCUCAACUACCCCUCACUGUCACCACUUAGUGAGUCUACACACUCAUCCAGCAUCAAUAUUCGUCCUCUGAGAUACUUUGAGGAUGUGACAGCAGCUGUGUCAGAGUUUAGAGAUCAACUACAGGACAUCCUGAGAGACACAUGGACAAACAUUUCACGAGAAGUAACUGAAGUGGAUGUUUUAUUGUCAGAACCAAAGACCAGAACUGGAUUCCUAAAGUAUUCACAGGAAAUCACUCUGGAUCCAAACACAGUGAACAGGGAUCUUUUCUUAUCUCAGGGGAACAGGGAAGUGACCUUAAUGAAGCAACAGUCUUGUCCUGAUCAUCCAGACAGAUUCACCCAUUGGCCUCAGGUUCUGAGUAGAGAGAGUCUGACUGGACGUUGUUACUGGGAGGUGAAGAAGAAAGGGAGAGGAGUUGUUGUAGCAGUUUCAUACAAGAACAUCAGCAGAGCAGGACAGUCAAAGGAAUGUUUAUUUGGUCUAAAUGACAAAUCCUGGUCAUUUCGCUGUGAUGCAGACAGCUACACAUUUUAUCACAACUGCAUUGAAACUCCAGUAUCAGGUCCAGUUUCCUCCAGAAUAGGAGUGUACCUGGAUCACAGAGCAGGUAUUCUGUCUUUCUACAGCGUAUCUGCUACCAUGACUCUCCUCCACAGAAUCCAGACCACGUUCACUGAGCCUCUAUAUGCUGGAAUUGGGGUUUAUUAUGUUGGACCCUCUGCUGAGUUUGUUAAACUGAAAAGGUUGGAACUGAUCUGAGAUUCAGUUGGUUAAAACGUGUAUUUUAGUUUCAGUUUCCAUAAUUGUUGCUGAGAUCUCACUGUUGUAAUUUCCUUACUGCUCAGAACCACUGCCAUUAUGUUGUUGUCAUCUUGUUUGUGUUGGGGAAUCAGCCAAAAUAAUAAAUAUAAGACUGAAGUCGUAAGACCAGGCUUUCUUCCUCUUAUAUUUCUCUUUUGUGGGUCUACACUUGAGAGACCCGCAUCCAUGUGCAGGCUGGACUAAGCUAAGUACCGCUUGCCUGCUUCAACAUUGAAACCUAAACAGGAGACCAACAUGGAAAUAGUUUGAUCUUAACCUUUCCUCAGGUUUUGCAGGAGAAAAGCUGAGCGGAAAGUCAACCCUCUGCCAAGUGUAAGUAGGCCCACACAGGAAAUCUAAGUAACCUUUUGUUCCCAGGCCAGGAUUCACAAGGAGUGAGACCUGCCCCUUACACGCUGCCUGAGCCUGUGGAAACAGACUUCUUUACAGGCUGCACAGAGAUCCCCACAGGCUGAACGCAGCCCAACGGAGAUCAGGGAAAAACUCACCCAGACCUUGUUCCCAAACCAGUGCUUUUUGACACAAAGUCAACUGAAUGCCCCCAGAGGCUGAGAUUUGGCAGAAAUGAGCAGGGAAAGUUAAAAAGGUUUACUUUAAUAUGUUUUCACUGUGUUUUCAAGAUUUGACCAAGGUAUAGACCUGGAGCUAACAGGCUAUGCUGCCCGCUAGCGUUCUUGAGACAAAGAUAUGUUGACAUGUUUUCGGUUGUGUUUUACAGCUACGACAAACUUUAUUUCCAUAAGAAUUUUCAACACUGAUGGGACAUUAAUGUUUGUGUUUUCUGAUCCACUAGUUACACCAAAAUAUAGCUUUAACUUCCUUUAGACAAGGUCCAACUUUCUGCUAGGAUUAGCCGCUAUUAGCUCCUAAUAACUACUACUAG